GGGCUGUUUGAGGUCGAGUCUGCCCUCAAACGCGGCGCCAAGGACAUGAACGGUCGCCCCUUCGGCAUCAAGCCGCUCGUGCUCCCGCUCACCCCGGGCGGCCGCAAAAAACCGAGCGGCGGCGGCGGCGGCGGUGGCGGCGGCGGCAGCCGGGGGCCCGGCGCGCGGGGCGGGGCGCCGCAGGAGGUGAUGCUUGCGGAGGAGGUGGAUUUGGUUGAGGAGGGGGGCGACGACCUGGCGCGGGAGGAGGGCGGGCCCAAAGGCGAGGGCGGCGGCGGCGGCGGCGGCGGCAAGCGGCGGAAGGGGUAG